AUGACACUUGAACUACCGUUACCAAAGUUAGAAGAUUUUGGCAUUUCAAAAAUAUCUGGAUUUUUACCGCAGGAUUUUCCAGCAACUAGGCUAGCGGACGUUUAUUACUCGUGUUGGGAGGAUGUUGUAGGUAAUUUGCCUUCUUUAAUAGUGUCCAGAAGGUUGAGGGUUGUUGUUGAUAGAAUACCCAAGUUGAAGGUGAAGCCGGAGCUUGUGGCGGACAUACGGCAGCUACGUAGGGCUUAUACAGUGUUAUGUUUUAUUGUCAAUGCUUACGUAUGGGGGGCUGAUGAGGUGGUUGAUACUUUGCCCGAUAAUAUUGCUGAUCCUAUCUUGGUGGUUAGUGAUGAGUUGGGGUUGCCUCCUUUGGCGACAUAUUCUUCUCUGGUCCUGUGGAAUUUCAGGCCUAUUUUCACGAACACGGAUUUGCUUGAAGACGGUGAGCUUAUGAGUGUUAGCAAUUUAACUAGCAUAAACACAUUCACUGGUGGCUUCGAUGAGACUUGGUUCUAUCUGGUGUCUGUGUUGUUCGAGAAGUUGGGUUCUAAAUGCGUCACAUGUGGUUUGGAUAUUUUACAAGGAAUUAGGAAUAAUGAUCUGCCUCGGAUCACCAGUUCAUUGGAAAGUCUUGCUCAAUUGAUUGAAAACCUUGGUUCUUUGCUCGGGAGGAUGGAUGAAAUGUGUGACCCUCAUAUAUUUUACUAUAGGAUUAGGCCGUACUUGGCUGGCUGGCGUGGUAUGAAGACCGCAGGGUUACCCAAUGGAUUAAGAUAUGGCUCUAAAGGUGAAUACAAAAUUUUUGCGGGAGGGUCUAAUGCACAAAGUUCCUUGUUGCAGGUUUUGGAUAUUUUGCUUGGAGUUGAGCACUUCCAAACUGGGAUGAAAGCAUCCGCAGAUAGAUAUGGCUCAGCUAAAAGCGAAUCCAAUUCGUAUAUUAAUGAUAUGCGAAAUUACAUGCCUAGAGAGCACCGUGAUUUCCUCCAUCAUUUGAGCCGAGUAAGUAACGUCAGAGAUUUUGUACUCAAUCGUAAGUCUAAUUCUUCUUUGGUUUUGGCGUAUGAUGCGUGCAUAGCAAGCUUGAAGUCUUUCAGAGACAAGCAUAUUCAGAUUGUUACGAGAUUUAUCCUGCUGCCCUCAAGGAAGGCACCGCAUGUUCAAACUGCCGGACGUUCAACAUUAAGGGUUGGGCUAGCUAAAAGUUCUAGUAACAUAGAUCAGGUUGGCACUGGUGGUACUUCAAUAAUUCCAUUUUUAAAGCAAUGUAGAGACGAAACGGGGAGUGUUGCAGCAAGUGACUGGGGUAAAAGAGUUGUGAGCAGUGGUAUAUCGAACCUUCGUAAUUGCCCAAAUACCAAUAAGAAAUGUGCGCUAUCCGAUUCUAAAGAAGAGGAAAUGCAAGAUGCAUUUGGUGGUCGCGGGUAA